CGCGUUGUUGAGCGUGCUGCAUUGAUUUGCGAGCAGACUGGCUGAUUAUUAUAAUCUUCGAGGCGGACGAGCUCUUGCGUCAUAUGACACGCCCUCGACUUGUCCUCCAGCUGACACGCCCGUUCGCAUCUUGCUAUAAAGCGCGGGCUGUCCGCAUCUCUCACCUCUCACCUUCCCUAUCGAUCUCCGAACCCGCCAUAUCGUUGUUAUCUCCAGCGCGCACGCUUACCACGGCCCCUCUUGCAUCCAGAAUAGCAUCUCGCAGACUCGCAUUGUUUACUAGAUAUCUUUCUACACCCUCGACAUCGAAUAUGCCGCCCGUCACGAAGCCCGGUCACGAGAAAUUUGACAUUGUCUGGAUUGGCGGUGGUAGCGGUGGUGUAGCAGGAUCACGUCGCGCAGCUUCUUACGGAGCGAAAGUUGCGCUCAUUGAGCAGACAGAGAGACUUGGUGGUACUUGCGUGAAUGUCGGUUGUGUACCCAAGAAGAUCAUGUGGCAUGCUGCAGACAUUGCCGAGAAACUCAAACAUGCCUCCGCAUAUCAAUUUAAGGGCGAGGGCGUUGGCACCCCCAAAUUCGAUUGGGACUCCUUCAAGCCCCAACGCGACGCGUACAUUCGCAGGUUGAACGGUAUCUACGACAACAACGUAGCAAAGGAGGGCGUCGAGCUACACCAAGGCACAGCUCGCAUCCUCUCGUGCAACGUCGUUCAGGUCACUCGGGCAGACGGGUCGAAGUACGAGCUCAAGACCGACAAGAUUGUGGUCGCGACGGGCGGGCGCCCGACGAUCCCGAGCGACAAGGACAUUCCCGGCGCAAGCCUGGGCAUCAACUCAGACGGUUUCUUCGACCUCGAGAAGCAACCGAAGCGCGUCGUCGUUGUCGGCGCCGGAUACAUCGCCGUCGAGCUCGCGGGCGUGUUCCACACGCUUGGGAGCGAGGUGGACGUGCUGAUCCGCGGGGACACUGUCCUGCGCACGUUCGACCCCGUGCUAGGCGAGACGCUCACGAAGUGGAUGGAGCACACGGGCAUCAACUUCCACAAGGGGGCGAAGGUGACGAAGGUCGAGGGCGCGCGGGGACAGACAUUGACGAUCCACACGGACAAGGGCGAGAAGGUCGAGGCGGACGUGCUCUUGUGGGCGAUCGGGCGGCACGCGAACACGGAGGGGCUUGGCCUCGAGGAGCUCGGCGUGAAGCUAGACGAGAAGGGCCAGGUGGUCGCCAACGAGUGGCAGGAGAGCAACGUGGAUGGGAUCUAUGCGCUCGGAGACGUGUGCGGAAAGGCGCUACUGACGCCGGUUGCGAUUGCAGCUGGGCGGAGGCUGAGCAACCGAUUGUACGGCGGUGAGCAGUACAAAACCGACAAGCUGAGCUACGAAAACAUCCCGACGGUCGUCUUUUCGCACCCGACGAUCGGAACGGUUGGCCUGACUGAGCCCGAGGCUCGCAAGAAGUACGGAGACGCGAAUAUCAAGAUCUACAAGUCGAGCUUCCGCGCCCUCUACUUCUCCAUGCUCCCGGAGGAGCACAAGGAGCCCUCGGUGUACAAGCUGAUCGUCACGGGGCCCGAAGAGCGCGUCGUGGGCAUCCACAUCAUUGGACUGGGAAGCGACGAGGUCAUGCAGGGCUUCGGGGUCGCGGUCAAGAUGGGCGCGACGAAGAAGGAUCUGGACGAUACAGUGGCGAUUCACCCGACGUCGGGAGAGGAGCUGGUGACGCUGCGAUAGGCGCAAGCUCGGGGCGAGGCACCCAGAUGGUAUAUCACUUUCCUCUUUCCUUACGCUGGUAGGACUGGGAGCCUCAAUGUGGUAACGUAAUAGCAGCAACAGCGAGAGUGUACGUUCAUUCAUAGCAAUAUGAGCAAAUUGUGGCCAACCUA